AUGUCGGCGGCCCUUAACGCGAUCAAGCUCCGUCGCAAGAAAAAUGUCAAGAAGGGAAUCCAGUUCUGUCUGAUGGUCUGUGGUGCCAGCGGAACCGGACGUACCACCUUUGUCAACACCCUUUGCGGAAAGCAGGUCCUCGAGGGCAAGGACGCCGACGACGCUGCCAACGCUCACAUCGAGGAAGGUGUCCGCAUUAAGCCGGUCACGGUUGAGCUGGAAUUGGACGACGAAGGCACUCGAAUCUCCCUCACCAUCGUUGAUACCCCGGGCUUCGGUGACCAGAUUGACAAUGAAGCCAGCUUCGGUGAGAUUGUUGGAUACCUUGAGCGCCAGUACGACGAUAUCCUUGCCGAAGAAUCACGAAUCAAGCGAAACCCCCGCUUCAGGGACAACCGUGUCCACGUUCUCCUGUAUUUCAUCACACCGACCGGUCACGGGCUGCGUGAAUUGGACAUCGAAUUGAUGAAGCGCCUCUCGCCCCGUGUCAACGUUAUCCCCGUCAUCGGAAAGGCCGACUCCCUCACCCCCGCCGAAUUGGCCGAGUCGAAGAAGCUGAUCAUGGAGGACAUCGAGCACUACCGUAUCCCCGUCUACAACUUCCCCUACGACAUCGAGGAGGAUGACGAGGACACCGUGGAGGAAAAUGCCGAACUACGUGGGCUGAUGCCCUUUGCCAUUGUUGGCUCCGAAGACUUUGUGGAAAUCGACGGUCGGAAAGUACGAGCCCGGCAAUAUCCCUGGGGUGUGGUCGACGUUGAGAACCCUCGGCACUCGGAUUUCUUGGCCAUCCGCAGCGCUCUUCUCCACAGCCACCUGGCUGAUCUGAAGGAAAUCACGCAUGACUUCCUCUACGAGAACUACCGUACCGAGAAGCUUAGCAAGAGCGUGGACGGAGCUCCUUCUAGCACCCAAGAUUCAUCAAUGAACCCCGAAGACCUAGCAAACCAAUCCGUCAGACUGAAGGAGGAGCAGCUCCGUCGUGAGGAAGAGAAGCUUCGCGAGAUUGAGCUCAAGGUGCAGCGUGAGAUUGCCGAGAAACGCCAGGAACUGUUGGCUCGCGAGAGCCAACUGAGGGAGAUCGAGGCUCGCAUGGCGCGCGAGUCGAGCCAGCCGGAAGGCGCCAACGGGGAUGCUUAA